AUGGCAACCUUUACAAGCUUGCUAGCCUGUGUGUUGGUUGGUAUUGCUGUUGUUUUUCAGAUAUUCUCCGUCAUAUCUGCCCCCGUCGUAUCCACUAUAGCUCUCUGCACCUAUAACGGAAACAGGUUUGGGGUGUUUGGCUGGUGUAAUAUUCAAGCACAACAAUGCACUCCAAUAAGAGUCGGCUACGAGCUGGACUCCUAUGACUAUAUGAUCCUUAAUGAUUUCCUACCGUCUAACGCCAAAAUGUCCGUAUCCAAACUUUUGAUAGUUCAUCCGAUAUCUCUGGUUUUCACUUUUAUCCUAUGGAUUCUCACACUCAUCAUAAGCUUUCAUCGCCUUGGGAAUUCACGCAAAAUGCUAAUAGGUAUGGUCUUAUGGUCACUCCCUGCCGUAUUACUUUCUUUAUUAAGCUUCCUUGUCGAUAUUUUAUUGUUUGUACCGCAGCUUGCGUGGCCAGGUUGGUUAUUGCUGGUCAGUACCAUCUUGAUUGCAGUGGCAUCUUCGAUCAUAUGUGUAAUGCGCAGAACUGUCUCGCUUAGAAAGUAUGAAAGACUGCGAAACAAUGAGAACAUUGAAAUGUACCCUAUUCAUCUUAAUAAAGACUCGAAACUCCCUGGUGGAGCCAGCGCAGACCAAAGAUCCAAUCCAAAGGAAUCAACAGUCAUUUCGUCUAGUCAUCUCGAGGAACCAGAGCUUAGCUACAGAUUUGAAAUAGACUCCAGAUCUUAA